AUGUUCAAAAGGCACAAGACCCAUGCCUCAGAACGCAAGAGAGAAUUAUCUUCGCAAGGAGCACGGUCCACACUGAAGAAUGAUAUGAGAAAUUUUCAAUUUUUGUCUCAACUUAUCCUCUCAGCAGGGCCUCUAAAAUCACUUCCAGCAGUUAAACACUCAAAACCCGCUCACUUUGAGGUUGAAAUACUUGAUGCUCAAACAAGAAAGCAGAUAUGUAUUGUGGAUAAGGUGAUGCAAACAUCUACUAUUCAUGAUGUUAAACAAAAAUUUCACAAAGCAUGUCCAAAGUGGUACCCUUCCCGAGUUGGCCUGCAGCUAGAACGUGGUGGGCCUUUUUUGAAGGACUACAUAACCAUUCAAAGUGUUGCGGCCUCCUCCAUUGUCACACUCUAUUUUACAGAUCUAGGUCAACAGGUCAGCUGGACUACAGUAUUUUUGGCUGAAUACACAGGACCUCUGCUAAUAUAUCUCCUCUUUUAUUUGAGGAUCCCAUAUAUAUAUGACGUGAAAGAGAGCUCUAGAAGAUUACGCCACCCAGUGGUACACUUGGCCUGCUUCUGUCACUGCAUACACUACAUCCGAUAUCUUCUGGAAACCUUCUUUGUACACAAAGUUUCUGCAGGACAUACACCUUUGAAAAAUUUGAUAAAGGGCUGUGCCUUUUACUGGGGAUUCACUUCUUGGAUGGCCUACUAUAUUAAUCACCCACGGUAUACACCACCAUCGUUUGGAAACAGGCAAGUCAUAGUGUCUGCUAUCAAUUUUCUGAUUUGUGAAGCUGGAAAUCAUUUCAUCAAUGUCGUAUUGGCUCAUCCCAAUCACACAGGAAAUAAUGCCUGUUUUCCAAGUCCAAAUUAUAAUCCCUUCACAUGGAUGUUUUUCCUGGUUUCAUGUCCUAACUACACCUAUGAGAUUGGGUCAUGGAUUAGUUUCACAGUCAUGACACAAACACUGCCAGUUGGGAUUUUUACACUUCUGAUGACUAUCCAGAUGUCUUUGUGGGCACAAAAGAAACAUAAGGUUUAUCUGAAGAAAUUCAAUUCUUAUAUGCGUAGGAAAUCAGCAAUGAUACCAUUUAUUCUGUAA